UUCUCUUCUCCGUCUCUGUUCUGUCUCUCUUCAGCUCUCUUCCCCACCCCACACUCUUUCCGCUUUAAAACCAGCGAACUUUGACGUGCCAAUCAACCACGAUUGUUUUAGCAGCCCGCCAUUCGAUUGCGCUUUUCCUAAACUAUAUAUACGAAUUGUAGAGGCAGAUGCAUGACCAAAAGAAGGAUAAAUCCAAAGAUUACCUCCUUGGUCUUCACUGGGCUGCUACUACCGGCAAUGUUGGUCUAGUCAAGUUUGCUCUGGACCACGGCGCGCCUAUCGAUGCCGUUGUAAACGGUUUUAUGCCGCUGCAACUAGCGUGCAUCAGCGACAAUAACAUCGCGGUUGUCCAAUAUCUCAUCGACCGAGGUGCUGAAGUGAAUGCCCAACGAUGGUCUAAAAAGCAUAGUGCAGAUAAAUCCCAAGCCGUUGCUGGAGCCAUUGGAUCGACGGCACUACACGUGGCGUGUGCGAACGGAUGUGCAAAGACGGUGGAUCUGUUACUACGCAACGGUGCAUUAGUUCACGUUAAGGACAAGUACGGAUCCAGCCCGCUAGAUAUUGCCGCCGCAAAGCACCACGUGGAGAUUGUACGCCUUUUGGAAACCUUUGGAGCUAUGCAACGAAAAUCGCGAUACUCGACGUACUCCGAGUUCGCCAGCAGCAACAACACCUCCAUCACCACAGCUGACGACGGCAUCGUCGGCAGAAAGUCCAUUGACGUUGUCUCCAUGACCCAGAGUGAGAAGGCCGAACGGUUUCGGCGUCCUAGUCUGCCGUCUGUUUUUGAAGGCAAGGCCCCAUUGCAUGUUCCCCCACUUUCAACGCUUCCCCCCAAGGCAACACCAUCACCAACACCAGCAGCAGCAGCAGCGUCACCAUCACCACCAUCCUCCGAUCCUCGUGCACCGAGACGGAGCCUCAAUAUCGCACGUCCGACCCAAGAAGACCUCGCUCCUGCUGUUCCUCAAUCCAUCGAUAUUCGUCGUCGCCACUCCACGCGAAACAAAACUCCUGAACUCGCAUCUUCCAAAUCAUCUGACGAAUCGACUGCAGACGAAUGCUGUCCACCUUUAGAGAACCCAUGGAUCGCUGCGGAGAGCCAAUCGUUAUCCCCACAAUCCUCAGGGCAGCAACCCGAUUGGUACGGAUACGGUGUAGUGAAUCGCUACGACGAAGAAAACUACCUCCUGUCACUUGAACGGCGAGCGUUCAAUUUGAAUAACGACGAAGUGGCCGGCAGACGCUCGCUUGAUCAACGGCCUAAUGCCGGUAAUGCCACCCGUCAAAACUCAUUGAAACGCUGUAGUUCCGAUGGCGGGCAUCUACGGACGACUGCACUCAUGAACGCUAUGGCGGCCAAUACAGCUCAAACAGAUACAGGCGCAGCGGAAAGCGACAGUGAACCAACACCACGUCCUUCAGUCGUGCUCGAUGAUGGUCCAGAAGCAGAAGCUCUUCGGAAUUUCCAAGAACGAGAAAUGAAGAAGGCGUGGUGGAGUGCGUUUGGCGGACGAAAGUCCAUGGAUGUCGCCACGUACCAUUACGGUCGCGGUUCUUUGGACGUGCCGCGCAAGAGCUUAGAUCUGCGGCCCAGCCUGGACAGCUUACAACAGUUGGCAAAGAAGAGUGUAGAAGGUCUAUCACGACGCAGUGUCGACUGUCAAGAACGACCAAGCAGUCCAGCGGACCAAUACAGCUCUCCAAGUCGGCCAGGCUUGCUUUCAAGGCUUGUUGGAGCUUGGUCUAAAAAAUAAGGACUGGUUACUAUGCGCUCUAUACACAAUUCACAUACCACAAACAAACAAACACAUUGACUCACUCGCAAUCUAUUUUACCCACCUCCUCACUCCAUAACCGCACCACAUAUACUCACCCCAUAUCACCCUGUCCACAAUUCCCCUUAUUCCAAAACUAGCACUCGCACACCAUUGUUUCUUUUAGGCCCAACCCAACCACUCCCUUCUGCAUUGUAUAUAUUAAUUUAGCUGGGCAAAAAAAAAAUCAAC